CAAAUACCGUAGACAGAAUAAUGAACACGAACAUGCCAGUACAGCAGCUAGUCUUCGCUAUUGCUUUUUUCUUCUUUGCUUCACAAAGCCGCGCUGUGCCCGCUAUAGACUCAUCUCCCGGAAACGCGGGCGAGCAAUUUCGAAUUCUGUCUAGGAAGAUUGGUGAUCUCAUGCCAUUGUGUAACGAACAUGUUCAACAAAGAAUUAGACGUGCACGUAACAUUGAUACUGCUAAUACGUUAACCUUGGAAUGUCUCCCUGACCUUGUACCGCGGUUGCUAAAUGAAACAAUGCGCCAGGAGAGGAAUAUACUUGCGUUACACAGAGACAAUUUAAACACAUUUCUGUCAUUCGUUACCGUUAUCAGAAAUGACGAACUUUCACUCUUGAUCGCUGGAUCUGAGAACAACCACGAUGAGCAUAUGGCCAUCCUUACAAAACUAAAGAGCGUCGUCGAACAGCUCAACUCGCUGCUACAUAAAUUAGGCUACAUUGAAGAGACGGACAACAAUAUCCCCAUUGACUGCGAUGGACUCAUGAUUCUCAACGAUUUACCUUGACGAAUAUAAGACAGUUUAAAGUUCUGAAACGUUUACACGACUACCUGGGUGGCGCUAUGCAAGACAUUCGUAGAGCAGCCGAGGAACACCAGUAAUUACUAGUACUCGUAACUUAUUAUUUCCGCCGUAUUACCAAACUAAUGUUUAGGCACUGUUUAUUUAAUUCGUAUUUAAGUUAUUUAUUUAUUUAUUUAUUUUAUGAUAACGCAUGUAUGUGUGAUUUCAAUUUGAGCUGUGUCAUACCACAAAGCCUAAUAAAGACAAUACAAUAU